CCACACUGACUGAAUAAAGGAUAAAGCUGUUAAAAAAAAUAAAAUAAAAAUCUCCAACUUCCGGCUUCCCGUGAGCCGACCGGAAGAGGAGGGCUCCACUUGUGACGUCAGCAACUACCUGACUGACCCACACUACGGCCAUGGAAGACGUGAGAGUGUUUCCUCUGACCUGCGCUGUUCAGAAUUAUGCGUGGGGGAAGUUUGGACUGGAGAGCACCGUGGCCAGACUGGUGGUCGGUGACGAUCCACUUGCUGUCAUAGAGGAUAACAAGCCCUAUGCAGAGUUGUGGAUGGGGGCCCACCCUAAAGGCGACGCCCAGAUCAAAGACAAUCGGAUUGCCCAAACAACCCUGGGCCAGUGGAUUGCACACUACCCAGCAUGCCUCGGCUCCAAAGUGAAGGACGCUUUUCAGGGUCAGCUGCCCUUCCUCUUCAAGGUUCUGUCUGUCAAUACAGCUUUGUCCAUACAGGCCCACCCCAACAAGGAGCUAGCUGCCAGUCUUCACGCUCAGUUUCCAGAACAUUAUCCCGACAACAACCACAAGCCAGAGAUGGCCAUCGCCCUCACACGCUUCCAAGGCCUCUGUGGCUUUAGACCAGUUGUAGAAAUUCUGAGCUUCCUUCAGCAGGUCCCGGAGUUCUAUGCGCUGGUGGGCCAGGAAGCAGCGGAAGAGCUGCAGAGCAGCAUGGGAGAUGAGAUUCGUUCAAGCCAGGCUCUGAAAAAGUGCUUCACAAGGAUGAUGAGCUGUGAGAAGAAGGUCUUCGUGGAUGAAUUGAAUGAGCUGGUUAAAAGAGUGUCUGAGGAAGGUGCAGCAGGAAAGGACACGUCCAACAGCAACGGUGAGCUGCUGCUUCGUCUCCACUCCCAGUAUCCUGGAGACAUCGGCUGCUUCUCCAUAUACUUCCUGAAUUAUGUGGUUUUGGAACCGGGCCAGGCCAUGUUUCUCGGUGCCAACGAGCCUCAUGCCUACAUCCAUGGUGAUUGUAUCGAAUGCAUGGCCUGCUCUGAUAAUACCGUCAGGGCUGGCCUGACACGGAAAUACAUCGACGUCAACACUCUGUGUGAGAUGUUAAACUACAAACCAGCAUCAGCCUCCUCCAAGAUCUUCCCUGGUGUCCCGGAUCCCUCUGACCCCUAUGUAACGUUGUACGACUCCCCAGUGCCAGACUUCAAGGUCAUAAAGAUCCAGGUCCCUCCUUCAGUGAAGGACUACUGUGUGGCUGCCGUGGACAGCGCUAGCAUCCUCCUGGUCAUUGAGGGUGAUGCCAUAGCAGCCUCUGCUGCUGCCUUUUCUGACCUCACAAUGAAACGUGGCUCUGUCCUGUUUGUCUCGGCCAAUGAGAGCCUAUCCCUGCACAUCACCUCCCAGUCUGGAGUGACCCUGUUCAGAGCCUGCUGCCUGUUGUAGGUGUGUGUGUGUGUGUGUGUGUGUGUGUGUGUGUGUGUGUGUGUGUGUGUGUGUGUGUGUGCGCGCGCGUGUGUGGGUGCGCGUGCGCGCAUCCAGCCAUCCUUUCUAAUUAAACCCUUUGUGAGCACAGCUGUUGCAGGCCUCUUACUGCUGCUGCACCGGCAGCACCUGAAACAGUAAAACAACUCAGACUUGGUUUAAUUAGCCUUUUGAGAUUCUGAUAUAGUGAAGAUUGUGAUAUUUAAAAACUAUUUAAUUGCUGUUUUGGAUCAUAAAUCAAUAAGCAGAAGUUUUAAAGACAUGAUUUUUGAACCAAUAAAUUCCAGAACAAUCCAA